CGAACCUUGUUGUCCACCACCUUCAAAUCGGCCAAGGCGAGCGUAUUCCGGCCUGGUUGCUCGAAGAACUCGGCCUUCCCUACAAGCUAGAGCUUUACAAGCGUUCUCCUCUGCUCUCCCCACCAGAGCUCCAGGCCAAAUAUCCCAUCGGCGCGGCUCCGCUUCUCGAAGGAUUUCACGGACCCCAGCAACCCCAUCAUUCUUGCCGAGUCGGGAGCGAUAUGUGAAUACAUCAUCCACAAGUACGCUAACGGUCGCCUUGCUCUUCCGCCAACACACAAAAACUUCUCGGAUUAUCUUUACUGGUUCCAUUUCUGCAAUGCUACGCUCAUGUCGCAUGUCUUCCGGCGUGGGCUGACGCGCGGCUGCGUGGGAGAAGACGAUCCCAGAUACAAGGGAAACGACGCGCGCGUGGUCAUCGACUUGAAGCAUCUUGACAAUCGUCUCCUGACCACGAAUGCCUGGCUUGCGGGCGAAGACUUCACUGCAGCGGAUGUAAUGAUCGGAUUCUGCCUUACGACAAUGCGCAAGUUUGAACCCAUCGACCUUACUGAGUACAAGGGCAUUCUGGGAUGGCUCAAGCGCGUUGGCGAAAGAGAUGCGUACAGACGGGCGAUGAAGAAGAGCGACCCGGAUCUUGACAUUGAUGCGGGUUUGUCUGCGAAGGGCCCGGAAGUCAUUCAAAUGUUUGUCAAUGCUAUGGCGCUGAAGAAGUAAGCGCUGAUCAGCUUAGGGGGAGGAAGAAGGGCGCGCAAAAGCAGAAAUUGUGAUGCGUGGGUAUAUAGAGACAUGAAGACGAGGCUCGCUUCACUCAAUACUAGAAGAUCAUUCCCCUCAGCGGAUUCCGACACUUGCCUUUAUGUAGAGAUGGGAAUCAUAUGAACCUGAAUGAAGAUGGGGACAGCAAUGCACACGGAGAGGUCACUGAUGAAUAUGCUUAGAGAGUCUUGUCCAAACAUGAAUGAAUGGGCAGAGUAAAUUAAUUGAGAUAUGCCAAACAAGUAACCACUUUCACGCCAACUUCCCACGAAAUUAAUUCCAGUAAGACACUCCCAAUUCUUCACCCAGCUUCACUUGAUCACCCUCAACAAUUAUCUUCUUAACGACGACGCCAAUGGUGUCCCACUUGCUGUCCGUGUUCCUCACCUCAAGCGCAGAAUCUCGCCUCUUACUCGAUUUGCCUUCCCAACCAAGUUCACGUACAACCUCGUAGUUGCCAUUGCCCACAUCGACCAGGCGCGCACGCUUAUAGCUUGCGUUGGCAAGCUGGCGAUUGGCGACCACAAAGCCUGCUUCAUCCUGCUCCUUGAUCCAUUUCCUUGCUGUCUCAUCCGCCCAGACUUUCUGGAUAGCAGCGUCUGCAUCCUUGAGCAACCUCACGUGUUGCUGUUCAGCUUCAAUUGUGGCUGCCUCGGUGCCUUUGUCAAGUGGCUUUUGCAGCAGAUGUGUACCACCGAAGCUCUCCAC